AUGUUUAUAUUCUUAACCAGCUCGGAGUUGCAUCGCAACUUGGGAUCUGGUUGCCAAGUUCCACGGGAGCUCGGCCCUUCUCGCGCCAUGAUUUGCACCGUCGGAAACAGAGCGACGCGCGGAAUUUUUAUCGCCGUGGGGAUUUUCUGCGGCGGGCCUCAUUCAUCUUUCUCGUCCCAGAAGCGUGUUUCACCGGUUAUGCCGCAUCUUUCGGGACUGCGCCUUUUCCCAGGAUUGUUCUCCUUCGCUUUGUUCGAGAAGAAUUCUCUUACAACAGUUUAUUUCGUAGAUUCCGGGAAUAGGAAGGAGCACGUGGAUUUCCGUGCGGCUUGCUGUGAUAAUGUAGUGCUGGCUCAGCUGACGUCGCGUUAUCCCGACGUCGGGUCCUCGUUAUUUCCGGUGUUGAAUGAGCGGCCCGUCGUUGCUGACCUGCCCGAGGUCAACAUCGCGACGUUUGCUCUAACCUCGCCUGGUCUUCCAACCCUCUCUUUCUCAUUUCUCCUCCCUGUUCCCCGUGACUGCCUUCGUGAGUUAUUGUACCUCCAUGGCCAGCUGCACUUGUCCGCUCUUGCGGGGACUCGAUGCGCCAGGGUUAUGGCUGCAAUGCUAACAUUUUGCGUCACGUAUGAAGAGUGCCUGACGAGUGGGACGAUGACGCGAAUAACUGUGACAGUGGCAUUAAUGGUGGUGUUGCUGGUUUCGGAGAUUCGGACAGAUUCGUCUUUACUGUCCAAGCAGCUCCCGGCGAAUGGCGCGAGUCCUUUUGGCAGCGUUAACCUAGAGGAGAUGAAGUUGGCGUCGAUUUUCCAGAAAGUGGCAAAUGUGAAUAACCAACGGGACGCGUCGACGACGACCACGCGUCGACCCACUACUCCGAUGCAAGCUUGGAGCUUCCCGCGCCUUUCGGAUUCCCACGACGGGUUUGACAUUUACCGCGACAAUGCCUUCCCGCCGACACGGGGACCCGAGAUAUUCACGUUCCCUCCGAUCCCAACAACGGCGAGAACUACCACGACAACCACCAGGACAACUACCACGACCCCGAGGCCGACCACAACGACCACCACCACCACCACCACUACCACAACUAGACCUCCUCCAACAAGCACGAUUCCGAAAACCGGACCGCGGAGUUACAAUGACGACCUAAGACACAUUCUGGGUGCGUUGCCUUCGUCUCCUCCGUCGACGCCUCGCAAGGUGAUGGACGUUGAGGAGUCUGAGAAUGAACCGGAUUUCGGAGAAGCCUACUCGGAUUACCGCGAGAAUGAGCAGCCUGCGUUCGGACAGCCGAUCGAGCCGCCUGAGAGCAGCCCGCAGCCUGACAUCAAAAUCGUGCCUCAGUUGGAAAAUGCUGACGCCACCAGCAGCGAUGCCCCGGACCCGCGGCAAAUCUCGAUCGAACUAGGCAACACAUGGGCCGCCCACGUGUACAUUUUCGGUACGAUGUUCGGGAUCUUGGCUGGAUUUAGCAUCGUCGCCCUGUCGCGCUCCACAAAACCCACGCUGCUUUCCAAGGGCUAUUUCUUCACCGUUCUGGCCCUCAUGUUCAUGAUGAAUUUCUCGCGGUGCUUCUCGCUGUUCUACGACGCUUACAACGUCGGCAAAUUCCUGCCGUCGAUUUUGGGGCAUCUGUUGUUCGACUUGACUUUUCCGUGCCUCUCGUCGUCCUUCGCUGUCGUCUUCCUCGGCUUGCUGCAGGCCUCUAAGGUCAAGGUGUUGAGUCCGUAUCUGCAGAACCCGAUGACGCUCGCUGGCAUCGUGGUGCUCCACUUCCUCGUCACUGUCUUGGGUGACGUGGUUGUCGGGAGCAACGUGGGAUUGACUUCGCAGCUCCAGCUGAUUGGUCGUGUGAUUUUCAUCAUCUGGGGAGUGGCUUUGUCUGUGUGUUUCUUUGCCGUGUUUCGACACUUGUACGGGGCUGCCGUGCGGAACAGUCGGGAGUACCAGAGGGAAGUGUUCAACACGCUGCACAUGAAAGGUGCUGCGGUCCCGAAGCGGUUCCCGAGACCCACGCUGAAACUUGCCAUUCGCGUGUCGGUUUUCAUAGCCCUGCUGGUGCUGCUCAUCUGCGUGACGAUGACGUGUGGGAUCAUCUUCGUUUAUGCUAAGAACAACGACUCUGUGUUCACCAAAGUGUGCCCUUGGUUCGCGUACCACGUCACGAUGAGAGUGUUGGAGGUCCUGUCGAGCUUGCUGAUUUUGUAUGUGGCGACUCAGCCGCUGCGGAAGGCGGAAGUGUGCCACGAAGGAUCCCAAGCCCGGAAGCCCAACAGUUGCGACGUGUUUUGCAUGUCUGCGUGCAACGCUGGUGGCAACACGACUGGUAGCAGUCGGCAGAGUUGUCCGAAUGACAGCAAAUCCUCUUGCGUGGCUGGCACCCCGAGACACGACUCGGUCAACAACUACCAACUACAGUCUUGCGGCUGCGCUUCGCCGUCUCACAUGUACGAGGGUCUGAACCACGUCCGACCGGGUGCAGCCACGCCGCAGGGUUUGUACUCCCACGUUUGCCUUUUGUCCAAUUACAACAACGCCGGAUAUCCGAGGAAGUCCGCCACGAGCACGCUGAUGUCGACUGCGUCGGAGAAACCGUUGGCUGGUUUGGGCCCGCGAUCCGGAGGCUACAGUACCACGAUUGAUGCCAACAAUGCGUCCCAAGCCCACGCGGGCUCCAUUCCGAUUUACGAAGUGCCCUACCAGUGCUGUACCGAGUUCGUGGACGUGGACUCCACGCGUGGCACCUGGAGCCCAGACGACGAGGGUGAGCGUCGAGGCAUGGAUGCGUUGCGUGGCUAUCGCGACGUGUCGGCGGACAUGUCGAAGAACGUGGAGCACCCUGCUUAUGCCGCCAUGGUGGCGUAUAAUUACUCCAAGGAGCAGUGCCCCGCGUUGCCGACGUAUGUGUUUGAUCAGCCGUGGGGCAAGCCGCAGAACCCGAGUUCCAAGCUGAAAGUGCCGCCUGUCAUGGCGAACGAGUCGGACUCGGACUUGUAUGGCUCAAAUGAUUAUGAGGAGGGCAAUGUGGACGACACUGAGGAUGUCUACUGGCAACGGUACCGUGAAGGAGACAAGUUUAGUCGCCCCAGUGAACUGAAAGGCCUGAGCUCCCGUGGCGGCGAGAACUACGAUGUGACCCCAGACUCCGCUGUCGUUGCCGACGACAUGUCACGUGAAAGAUACGACGGCGAAAAAGGCGACAACUGCGAGCGGCAGUCCAUUGCCAGCAGCGUUCGAAUGGCUACAUCCCUCGCUGGUGAAGUCGGGUCGACGUCGUCGGACGAUUGCAGCAUUUCCAAACGCAGCUCUGUGGUGCAAACGUGGACAGACUUUUUGAAGCAUAACACCAAGUCCCUGAAUGACGCCUUCAAGCCGGCCAACGCACCCGGGACUAGUUUCUCCGCUGGGCUUCUGGAACGCUUGCGCGGCAGCAGCGGGUCUCUCAACUCCAAGUACAACUAUCGGUACUCGCCGCUUGAGCCGGAAACGUUUGCCGCAUGGACUUUGCGUCGGUCCUGUUCGGAAGACCCGAUGGUCAGCAUGGCGGAAAUGGUGCAGCUGCGUCCAGAGACAGCGUGCUCGGACGAGACCCAGUCCAGCCCUGAGUGUGAUAGCCCCCCUGCGAAACACGCGGCCAAACGCCGGUCCGACUCGGACUGAAGUGACAGGGGGGGUGACGGAACUGUGUUUUAUUUUCCAUGCGCUUUUCUUGUGGAUGAGAGACUGGAUGAAAGGGGCGGGGAAAUUGGUCAACGCAUCGGCGGGUGUACGAAGGGUUGGUAUCCUGAGUUUUGAGACUAAUGAUAAUGCAUAAACAGACUUUUUUCAAUGCCGAAAACGAAACUUGCAUCCCAUUAUUGUUUAAAAAAAAAAAAUUCAUGACAUUUUUCCUAGUAAAAUUUUUUUGGAAACUCGGGUGCGACCUCUACCCGAAAUGUUUUGUAUUUAUGAAGAAGGAAAACGUCCUCUCGUUUUCCCGCCCAGAAUAUGUGACGCUUUUUCCUGGGCUUUGAGUCAAUUGUGCCUGAGAAUUUUUUCAAGUUCUCUGCUUACAUCUUUGGAAACUUUAAAUUGUUGCUUGUUUUUUCCUCGUUGAUCUGUUACUGGAUAAGCCGCUGUUUUCUAAUAAUCUAAACGACUUUCGGUAUCUUUUGCGAUAUACGGCAUUUUCCAUUUAAUUGCUUCUCUUCGGCUUAUACGGGCAUGCGGCCUGGCCUGUGUCUGCAUAAAUCAAGUACGUAAUCAAUCAUUCGUGGACAUGUCAGGAAUUAUCAUCUAAAUAAUAUCGCUUAAUUGAUGAAUUUCUUCAGUUGAUCCAAGGCGACCUGUAUUGAAUCUUGAGGCAUGUUAUCAAGCUCUUUCCUAGCCUGUCUUCACCUGAGCGGGCAAAACUAAUUAACCAAAGACGGCUGGAUACCAGACAAAAAAUAAAUAAAAGUAUAAAAAUUGAGGCCAUGCAAGUUUUCAGUGAUAGCAAUUGUUCGCGUCUCAAAACUUACGGAUCAUACCUCGUAAUCGUGUGGAUAUGGACGGUCAGUCUUGGGACAGCAAACGAAGACUCGAAAGUUUGUCUCAUCUAAUCCUUGCCUAUCAAUCCAAAGCUGCAAGUUAGGAUUAAAGACAGGAAUUUCUAACCAGCUACUCGUUCGUUUGCCUGUGCUGACUUGCCUGUUCAAGGCGGCGACUCGCUGGCCCAUAUUGUCGUGGAACUCUAGGAGCUAUCCCGCAUUUUGCUUGGAAAGAAUUUUUGGAUUCGAGAGAGUGUAUGCAUUGUUGUGAUUUAGCCGCCCACUUGGAGAUGGAUCUCAUCGGAGAUAUUUGCUGACAAGCGUGGCUUUUUUGUUUUGUUUUGUAACGGGUUUUUGCGUGAGCAUCGCCUUCCAGCAUGUUAUUGGGGUACUUGCAUUGUAAUAAGCUCGCCGAUGAGUCAAAAAGGGGGAUUUUUUGAAGCUCCGCUCCCAAAGCGGCUCUUCUGUGUCUCAGUUUUUUCGCGUUUUUUUUUUUAUUCUGUCGUUGGAGCGCAAAUUUGGACUGUUCUGUGGUGAAUAAUAGCCCGCGAUGUGUUGAAAAGUGUUGAGCGCGAUGAAAUGCCUGCUCGUCAAGAAAAAUUUGGAUGAAGAGGAAUGAAGCUUACAACUCUUGGUUGAGUAAUCCUCAA